AUGCUGGUCGGUCUUCCACCGCGGCUGGUUCUGCUGAGCAGUGGACGAAGCCUCUGGACAUGCGCUGCUGGCUCUGUCGCCCACGCCGGCAGCACCACAGGCCCAUCCGCAGCAGCAGCAGCAGCAGCAGCAGCGACCACGAGCGCAGCCGGAGCACAGCAGAGCAGCCAGGUGCGCGACACCCUGCCUGGCCCGCGACGCAGCUACCGCCCAGUCGUCCGUGCUGCGUACAAGGGCGGAUUGCAGGCGCCGGGACUUGAGGGCCAGACCGCGCGCAGACCGACCAAGCGCGAGUGGGGCCAGGCUGCCUCGACGCUCAGUCGCAAGCAGCAGAUCGCCCUCUGGAACAAGCAGGACGCCGCAACGCCGCUCGAGCAGCGCAACCGACGCCUGACAGACCGAAUUGAGCGCAACGUCGUCUUCCGGCCGUCCCAGCAGGUCGUCGAGGAGAUUGUCCGAGACCACCUCGAAGAGCAAAGCCAGGCGCGCGAGCCCGACGACGAACCCAAAUCGCGCUCGGAGCUCCUCCCAAACCUCAAGUUCCUUCGCCAGCUCCGUAAUCUGCCAGAUUCGGCGCGCGGCACAUCCAGUCUUGCUGGCUCUGGCCUGGAAGACUUGCAGAUUGAUUUGAAAGCCCUCGAAGACAAGGCCAUGCCCACGGACGAAGAGGCGCACGCACGUCGCAUUGAGGCCGCCGCAGACAUUUACCACCCAACCAACCCGCUGUCGAUUCGCACAAAAGCCAUGGUGCACGUCAUCUCGCGCGGCUUCCAAGUCCGCCUGGUUGAGGUCAAACGUGUGUCGACCAUGCUGCGCACGGGUCGUCGUCACAUGAUGCAAGCGCUCGCGCUUGUCGGCAAUGGCCGCGGUGUGAUUGGCUUUGGCAUGUCCAAGGACGCUGUUGCGCAGCAGGCCGUGCACAAGGCGAUUAUUCAAGCAUGUCACAACUUGUACCCCAUUCCUCGCUUCAAUAUGCACACCAUUUACCACCCUAUGGAAAAUAAGGAAGGCCGAUCGCUGGUCAAAAUGUGGCCUGCGCCUCAAGGCCACGGCUUGGUCUGCCACGGUGUCAUUCGCAUGAUUGCCGAACUUGCCGGCAUCUCCGACCUGACUGCCACGGUUAUCAACAGCAAGCGAAACUACCACAACAUUGUCCGAGCCACCGUGUUUUCAUUGUACUCGCAGCAGACAGCACGAGAUGUUGCGCUCAAACACGGCAAAAACCUGCUUGAAAUGAAGCGCAUUCCCGCGUUGACUCGCCCCGACUUUUUGUAAAGUCUUUUGUUGUUGAUGUGUCAUAACCAUUAAAAAGAACACCUUUUUUGCC